UGAGAGAGAUUUUAGGGUUUAUACAAGACGAUGGCUAUGGCAGCGUCUUGUUCUACGCUGCCGAUGAGAAUGUGCGUCGAUAAUGGCGCUCUCUCGUCACGGUGUAUGGCGGCAUCGAUGCGCCCGCGGCUGUUACCUCAAAUGCAGAUCACAGCGAAGCUUUCUCGAUCGAGAUUUCCAGCGCGCGCGACAUCGGCCGUAGAAGAGCCAGUUGAGGAGAGCAGCAUUGACGCAGAGCCUUCAAUCGCAACGCCAGUCGCGGAAGAACCAGCCGCGCCUGCGACACUGGCACUGCCACAGCAAAAGAUUAGAGUGAAGCUCCGGGCCUACUUUGGGGAAUACAUCGAGGAGGCUGCCAAGAUGAUCGUGGAGGCCGUCAAGAACACCGGAGCUGGGGUCAUGGGUCCGGUGCCACUCCCCACGGAGCGAAAGAUUUUUUGCGUGCUUCGAUCGCCUCAUGUCGACAAGGAUUCGCGAGAACACUUCCAGAUCAAAACCCACAAGAGACUGAUCGAUAUCAAGAAUCCAAACCCACGAACAAUCGAUGCGCUCAUGCAACUGGACAUCCCGGCUGGCGUUGACGUCGAAGUAAAACUUUGAUCUAUCUAAAUGUCUCAGAAAGUCUUGCAAGAACCCUAACCCUUAAAUCUUUGCGGAACAGUCCAAAUAUAACUUUAAUCAGCAUUA